CGGCUGCGGGAGCUCCUGGCCAGCGAGGAUGCGAGGUGCCCAGGCUCCAUCCCCACAUGUCGUCCGCCGCCGCCGUCGCCGCCGCCGCCGCCGGGCUCAUCCCCAGCCAGCGCAGUCCCUGGAGCAGUGCCCUGGAGCAGAGCCGGUUGUGCAAUCCCUAGUUAUCUUAGGGGCAAGCUCCACCCUAGGGCUUUCCUUUCCGAGCCCGAGUCAGAGUGACUCACCGUUCUGCACCAGAGGAAACCGGAGCAGCCGGGGGGCCGGAGCCGGGCCCGGAGCCGGAGCCGGAGCCGGAGCCGGAGCCCCAGACCUCGCCUGCCAGCCGUGCCCAGCCCGGCUCCGAUGGCGUCUCCAGGAUGGAACAACAGAAGAGGCCCAGGAAAAUGGACAGCCCAUUGUGGCUGACUUCCUCACAGAGGAAAGGAGCAGGCUUCAUGAAACAAUGUCACUCUUGGGACUGGAGACAUACUGCAACAGGAAACUCAGUCUCCAGGAUGCCCGGCAGAUCAGCUUUGACAGCAUGAAGAACUGGGCACCCCAGGCACCCACCGACUUGCCAUGGAGCUUCCUGAGAAAGCUGUUGGCUCUCAACUCAGAAGUCAGAAACACCACCCUGCUGUCGGAUUUGCCCCAGGACGACAGGACAGGUGAGAAGGAGACGCAAGUGGACGAGCAGGAAAUAUACUGGGGUACCUCGGAGGACAUUUACUCUCUCACCGAACUGGUGACAACCCCUGAUGUGCCACUGAAUCCCUUGGACCUCCUCUGUGCGCUCCUCCUUUGCUCGGACAGUUUCCUCCAGCAGGAGCUGCUGGUCAAGAUGUCUCUUUGCCAGUUUGCCCUCCCUGUGGUCCUGCCCGACUCGGAGAGCCAAAACCAUACCUUCCUGCUGUGGGCCCUGCGGGGGGUGAUGAGGACGUGGUGGUGGCAGUCCCCAGGGGGGACCAGAACUUGGAGAGAGGAGAGUCUGGUGCUCACGAGGGUACCGAUUAUCUCCUUUGCACGCAUGGACAUCAGUAGCCACUCCAAGUCUUACCUCCUCAAUGCUGUCAUGAGUCCCUGUCACCACCAGCCUCACGACUACUUCUGCCACCGGGAUAUGCCGUCGGCAGCCAACGCUCGAGAGAUCGCGGACGGGCUGGUCGAGAUGUCCUGGUACUCUCCGGGGGGCAGCAGCAAAGAGAACUUGGAUGUCUUCCCAGAACCCGUCGCCUUUGCCAACCUGAGGGGCGAGAUCGGAAGUCAUUGGCAGCAGUUUAAGCUUUUGACCGAGACGUCGUCGGCCGUUUUCAUAUUUACUGACAACAUCGGCCAGAAGGAAUAUGAGCUGCUCUGCUCUCUGAGCGGGUCGACCACUCGCUAUUACCUCAUCCUCAGUCCCUACCGGGGCAAACGCAAUGCCAACCUGAGGUUCCUGAAUAAACUGGUCUCCGUUCUUCAGAUCGACUACUCUCACGUCCUGGUGAAGGUCAGCAGCACGGACAAUAAGCGCCUCGUCAAGAGGCUCCAGGCCAUCGUGGGGAAUGUCAUCAAGUCGGCAAGCAGGAAGGUGUCUCUGGAGGACAUGGCGGAAACGGCCCGGAGCCUGGGGCUCAAGGUCGACGAGGACUGUGAAGAGUGCCAGAAAGCGAGAGAGCGGGUAGAGAAAAUCACCCAGGAUAUCCAGGACGUGGAACUGUACAAGAGAGAGAAGCUCCGCUUGCAGGGGGACCCCUGGAAAAACAUCGCUCAAGUGGAGAAAGAGCUGUGCCGGCUCCAACGGGCCGGGGACUCUUCGCCAGAGAAAUACAAGUCGGAGCUCAGGCAGCGCCUACUGGCCUUGAGGAUGCACCAGAACCGCUACCAGCCGGGCUGGGGCAUGCAGGAGUUUAUUAAGGGGAUCGGCACCCCUUCUCCGCUGGAGAAGCAGUACUUCCUGGGCUGGCUGAAGUUGAGACUGGAGGAGAUGGCGAGGCAGAGCUGGAGACAGCCCCCCGAGGCCCUGGCCACCCUGGGACCAAAGCACAGCCGGCCGGCUGAGCUCAGUGAGCAGCUCUGGCCCGCCUCCCUGGGGGUGGAACACUUUUUGAGGGAGAUGGGGCAGUUUUAUGAGGCCGAAUGCUACCUCGUGGAGGCGGGGAAGAUGGCAGAGAGCCAGAAGCGCUUCACCCACUUUGUCGGCCUGGCCUCGGAGCUGGUCCUCGGCGGCUUUCCCCUGGAACUGAUGGACCGAGGCACCUGCUGCGUCCCCCUGCGGUGGGUGACAGGCAUCCUGAAGGAGCUUCACGCCCGACUGGAGGGCAGGCCCCGGCUGCUUGUGCUCUCCGUGCUGGGAGCCGAGGGCACGGGGAAAUCCACUCUGCUUAACACCAUGUUUGGGCUCCAGUUUGCCACGAGCAGGAGCCACAAACCCCACGGUACUUUCAUGCAGCUCAUUUCGGUGACGGAGGACUUCCGCCACGACCUGGGCUGUGACUUCAUUCUGGUGAUCGACUCCGGGGGCUUGACGGGCGGGGCUGUGGCAGCCAAGGGGGAAAGGUACGAGCUGGAGGUGUCCCUGGCCACCCUUGCCAUGGGGCUCAGCAACAUCACUGUGGUCAGCAUGGCCGAGACCAAGGACACCCCUCUGGCCGCCCUCCACGCCUUUCUGAAGCUUGAAAAAUUGGGGCACGUCCCCAACUGUCAACUCGUGUCCCAGGACCUCGGCGACGGGCCAGUCUCCAGACCCAGCCCGAGGGACAGGAAACAGCUACUGGCACAACUGAAUGACCUGAGCAAGGCCGUGGCCGAGAUGGGGAAGCAGGAUGAGGAGCGGCCCCUCUGCGAGACGGUCUUGUGCGACCCUGAGAAACACAUCUGGCACAUCCCUCGCUUGUGGCACGGCGUGCCCCCGAUGGCCCCCGUGAGCUUGGGCUACUGCGAAGCCGUCUUUGAGUUAAAGCGAUGUCUCCUGGAGAACAUUCGUAAUGGGGUGUGUCACCAACACAGGGACAUCAUACAGCUGGUAGAGCUGGUGGGGCGGCUGUGAAGGCAGAGACCCCUGCAAACGGGAGCCGCUGACCAGCCUGCUGGGAGGGACCUCUCCUCCAGGGCGAUGAAGAGGGAAGCUUGUGGGCCCCCAGAGACGUCCUGGAGAAAGAGCAGCUGGCGCCUGAGCCUGCUGGAGGAGACAAAGGCUAGGGAAAGAACAUACUGGAAGGGCUGCGUCUUCCUAGGACCGGGGUCAGAGAAGAAAGCAUCCAACCAGCCAGCUACUGCAUGGACAAGCACACACAGAGACAGGGAGAGAAAGAGAGGGAGAA